AUGGCGUCGAUGAUGAUGAACUCCUUCUCCUUCUCGUUCAUCUGUAAGUUUGCAACCUUCCUCCGCGCAUCUAGACAGUCAAUCGUUACAGCGGUGAUCUACGAGGAAAACAAUAACCAGACCCUGAAAUGCAUUGAAAACGCUCGCUUUUACGAAGCCGUCAAGAUCACCUCUUCACGCGUAAGACUGAAUUAAAGGGGGUGAAUUUCUGAAAUAAUCAGUUUAGAAACUCAAACUCUCUCUGUUCCACGCCAUUCUGUUCUCCUGCGCCGCCGGUAGCUUCAUCAACGUGCUCGCCUCGCUGAAAUUCCGUCGCUUCGAAAAUCGAGCGGCGUUCUUCAACAUGGUUUGCGUCUUCGCCGGCUUCGUCACCUACCUCUGCAUGAUUAUUACGGACAUUUUUCAUAUUGGUGAGAUUUGCUUCAUUUUGAAUUACAAUUAAACGUUGCCAUUUCCAGAGGGAACCUUCUACAUGAUCCAUUACGUCAUCGGGCCCAUGUGCAGCAGCGCGCCACUGUUCAUCAGCCACAACAUCAACGUGUUCCUGAGCCGUCUCGGCUUGACUUGCUUCGACAUGUUCUUCUUCGGCUGCACCUUCUUGGUCUCCUGGUCGUACCUCCAAAGCCGUGUCCUGAUCACUCACGCGAGAGACAUCGCCACUUUGGUACGGCUUUUACUACUGCCACCUGCACAAGUAUUUUGCACAACUUUUUCUCAACUAUUACUAGAAUUCCGUUUUUCAGCAACGUCUCGAGAUGCUCGACUGGAGCCAUGACCGCGAGCCCGUGGAGCGCGCCGUCACCCCGCCGCCAACUUACGACGAGGCGAUGGCUCUGAUGUCCUUGCCGCCGAUCAGCAGAAACCAGGAGAUCGACUCCGACGACGAGGAGGAAACUAGCAUGUAA